ACAAUCAAAAAGAGAAUGGCGAGAGUCUCAUUUGCCGCGAAACUAGUUUAGCGGAACACUUGCUGUAAGCGCUGCGCCAACACCCUCGUGCAGACCACCAAGCUCGGAUGUUGUUCUGCGUAGACCAUGCUUGAUGCCCCCUGUUUCAGAGGAGCCUGCUGGUGGCAUUGAGCUAUUGACCGAACGACAUUAAAACAUUCAAGCGUGAGAGCUGUUUAAGAUGGAUGCAGAAAAAGAAACCAAGUUGACACUUGUGAGCACUCGUGAAGAUUGGCCUCGGGGAUACAAUGUCUGGCCGUCAAGCACACUCACGAUGAAGGAUGCGGACUCCGUGAACGUUUACGAGUCUGGAGCCCACGGCGAAUUCAUUAAUCUUGAGGAAAUGGACGUCUACGAAGACGAAGAUGGCGGCUGCUAUGACCGAGGUGGUUUCUGCACGAGCACUGACAGCUCUGACUACAUCUUGGGAGGCAUAGAGGAAGAUGCGACAUGUGAAGAGCGAGUGCAUCAUCGCGACAGCGAAAGAGAAAUGCCAAAGAGCGAAAACAAUCGUGAAGACGGUCCAGUAGAAGUUGAAGAAGAGAAGAAAAACAUGGAGCCUGGCGUGGCAAGCUGUGCAAGCCCGGAAUCGUUAUCUCACAGUCUGGUGGUCCCGGUCCCUCUAAGUGGCGAUCGAGCAUCGAUAACAUGCAUAGAAGAGGAUCCUCCCAAGCAGUCGUUUGGCACGGGCAAUCACGUGCAGCGGCUACGUUCUUGGGCUGUCGAUUUGCGGCAGUCGGAAAGUUUCAACACUAUUUCGACGCACAUCGCUGAUGACUCGAGCGACGAAGAGCGACUGGUAAUGGACAUUGUUGACAUAUCAGCAGAAAUUCAAAAGAAUGGUGGACACUGUGCCAUGAAGGUUAGAGGCGAAGAAAAAAAUCAGUUACUUUUAGACCUCGACAAAGCUGGUCCCAAGUCUUUUGAAGUCUCGUUGAAGUGA